AUGAUCAUGUGAAUUCUAGGAUUGGCUUUUGGUAAAAUUGAUCAAGUACAAUCUUCAAAAACAUUGGGCAACCAGUUUUCCAAUUUGAAAAACCUUUGAUCUGAUAUCAUCUCAUUGUUACAUAGCCCCAUCAGCAGUGUGUAGAUGUUGAAUGUAUGAUUUACUACAUUCCAAGGAAUUGGCAAGCAUCGUCCAGAAGUAGCUGUUCUCUUUUUAUAUGCUUGAAAAACUUUUUUUAGAUAUUUAUUUUUAUUUUUACUCAUAAGCAAUGUACGUCAAUGUUUCAUGUUUAAUGCAAUGUUUAAUCAUAGUAGGAACAUUGAUUUGAUGGUACACACCAAUCCUCCUGUAUAACGUAGUUUUUUACACAACAGCCAUGUGAAACGCUGAAUACGAAUUAUGCUCAUUGCAAGAGGAUUGACCGCUUUAUUAUUUCUUUGUUUCUGGUAAACGCAUUAAACUCCGGUGAGAGCAGUUGCGGAUUAACUCGGGUGAAGGCCCCAAGCGAUCACACGUAUGUCUGCCUUUACGAAGUGGCGAGAGAGAAGUUGCAUAAGGAAUUCUUAAUCAGAAAAGGAUUGCCAUUACUUGUGAGCGGGGAGUUGAUUCCUUUUCUUGGGGUCACACGCGACCGCUUAGUUUGCGUACUGCUUAAUCCGCCGCUAGGUCAUGGCAGAACAUUCGGUCACGGUAGUACUUGCACCGUAUAAAGACAACCCCAGCUUGCGUUCCCUUCAUCUCUUCCCGAAAGGUCAAUGCUGCCAUUUCCGCUAUUCUUGAAGGAUUUCAUUCAGUGCGCUACACUGAAGUCAAUCGUUCGCCGGUCGUCUUGCCUCAGACUGAGAGACUCAGCAUCGGACAUCCAGCGCGCGCUACCUUCUUGGGUAGCAAACGUCUUGGGUGAGCGAGAAGAGUGAACGAGCGGCGUGACCUCCGAACUUCCCACCCCAGUGCGCUACGUCUCGUUGCAAGCGGCUGCUUACGAGAAAAGAAAAGGGCCCCACGGGUCCACCAGCGGAUUCCCACGAAUGCCCUUGCAUCGUGUGGUGGAAAUAAUCGUGUCUUUUUAUUGCCCUGUCUUUGUUGCUCGUCCGGUGCGAAUAAUUUAACCAUUAGCAAGACACCCAAUCCCGCCUAGAGUUCGCCGCGUUGUGCCAUGGUUUUCGGAGGUGAUGAGUUUUCGUUACACCUUUUAUGGCGAUCUCGUUGCUUUCCUAUAGCAUUUCGUCAUCUUCAUCCAUAAAUUAAAUAUUAAAGCAAGAAGAAACAAAAAACAUCGGUUCAAAACCUGCAGGAGAUACAGCUAGAGAAAAUUUGGUUUUGAAAAUCUCAAACCGUUUCAUAAUCCGGAAAUGCCACCGGAGCGCCGAACGCGACACCAUAAACGAGCAGACGAUUUUGACGGUUCGCCGCAGCCAAACAACAAACAAGGACGCAGCGAGCGAGAGAGCAACACAAACAAUCGCAACAUUUGAUUAUGCUUGCAGUUUUCGCACGCUGUUAUCUUUCGAGUCCGUAUCCGAUUACCACCUCGCGGCGCACGUUACAGUGGCCACAGGAAACCAAAAGGCACCACGCACAUAAUUGAUUCCCCUGUUUCCGCAGGCGACGCAAGCCUCCUCAGCCGUAAGCGAACCUUCGCGGCAAACAGAAAAAAAAACUAGCUGGAAGGGGGCUCUUCGCUGCAUCGAUCGCUGUUAGAAGUACUGAACGUACGCGUGUAGUCUUGCAGGUUUGCGGGCUCUGCCCGGGGACGGGGCACCACAGUCUGUUGGCAAACGUCAUCCGAAGCGUACGCGUGAAGCGAGAGCCGUCUCUGUCUCUGUGUUGCUCGAGUGCGUGUGUUUGUAUGGGCGUUUGUGAAUGUAAUACAUAAAGGGUGUAUUGUGCGGGAAAGCGGGAGUGGAACUGGAACUGGCACUUGCGGGUGCGGUGUAUUUGGUUAGGGUGAAGUCAUCGGACAGCGGUGACCAGUCCAGGGCGCGUCCAGUGUGUGUGUCUGUGUAUGUUUUUGUCGGCCCUCACCGUAGUUCAAUUAACUUCAAUCAAGACGAACAUCCGUGUGUGCAGUUGUGUCUGUCGUUCUUGUGCGUGUGUCUGUGACUCGCUGGUGUGUCGGACAAUUGCUUCAAAACUAUUGAUUCCCUUUUGCCAGUAAUUCGAUUAUGCGACAACAGAUGCCGCAACCUUGACGGGAGAGGAACGCUUUCGGUAGCAUACGAAAGUCCCGUUUUAUGUUGCCCUAUUAGCGCUGCAUAAAAAUCAACAUACACACACACACACGCGCGCGUAUAUAUUCUCACACGUCAAAACACAGUACUUUCGGUCCGAUUGUAGUUUCGUUUGUUUCUUUUGUUAAGUACGUUACUGUUACGAAGAACGCGUCUGCUAGAAAGAGACGGAACGCAUUUUCUUCUCACUGUUCUCCAUGUGUGUGUCGUAUGUGUGUGUGUCUGUUUCUCUCUCUCUCUGUCUUGCUAACUCUUGCCGGAUAAAACAGCAUAAAAAUCCCUUUGCGAGCUAGCUGCUGUGCAUUUCUUUCGCGAUUAUGCAGUUUCUCCGAUACAGAUUUCAUAUUAACCCCGAUUUCCGGUAAAGGUUGUAAAGCAAAAUAAAACAAAACCGAAGAAAAAAAAACCGUCCAAUUUUCCGCCAGUGAAAGCUCAGCCACUCGCGGCACACAGGCGCACACACACACCCCAUGGUCUGAUAAGAAAGUAGCGCAAAUAGGCGCCCCGGGGCUUCGAGUAGUGUAAAAGCCAUUGCAAAACGUUGGCUAGCGUUUGAUUAGAUUUUUGUGUGUGUGUUUCUUCGCUUGAUAAGGGAAGCGCAUCUCAGCUCCCUUCUCGAAUUAUCCAUCUCACCGGGUACCCGCGCCCGUUCUACGUUACCGUGUCCCACCCGUUCCUCUUGCUGUGUGUGUGUGAAUUUUUGUGACUUUUUUUUGGUCUGCACAUUGUGACCGGGUCGCGCACGUGAAAAAAUAAGAGUAGCGCCGUGAUAAUAAUUAGGGAAGAACAAAAGAGCAAGCAGGGAAGAGGGGAGAGCAAAAAUAGCAUAUAGCUAAGUGUCAGAACUCAGAACUAAACGCCCAAAAAAUAGUGCCGAGGAAGGUAAUCUUCCCAAACAAAAAUUAGCAAAAGCCAAGGAAAACAAAUCGAACAAAGUACGCAAAAGCUCUGCCCGAGGGUGUGUUCUUUUGUUGCAAAAAGUUUGAGAAGACUAGCAAAGCCUUUUCCCCCCAACCACCCCCUUCUCCACACCAAACACUCACGCGCGCGCCCUCGCCAGUGUGUGUGUGUGUGUUUGCCCGUGUGUGCGUGCGUGUGAGUCAACUGCGUUACCUACUUCUUACCCUUUCUCCUUCACUUCUUACUUAGAGCAAAACCAUGACGUCGUCGUCGACCACCACCAAAACCAUCACGACACCGGCCAAAUUGUACGGCAAGGAUGUCGGCGCGUACGACGAUAUCGAUGUGGACGAGCUGCUCGCCCAGCUGUCGCCGGAGGAGAUCACCAUGCUCGCCAAGGAGGUCGAUCCGGAUGAUUCGUUUCUGCCGCCCAGCCAGCGUACCAACUACGAGUGUGAUAAGGCACCGACCGGGCCGCUCGAUCGCAAGAAGCUGAUCGACCAUAUUAACAAGCAGGCGCUGGAAACGCCGGACCGCCCGGAGCUGGAACCGUUUGUGCCGGGCGUCGUGCGUGGCAAAAAGUGGAUACCACCACCGCAAGCGGCGAAGCUGCAGGCGGCCGACGAGCAGAUCGCAAUCGAUCUCGGCGACGAGUACGAGCAGGCGCUGUCCGAUGCGACGCAGGAGGAGAUCAUCGAUCUGGCCGCCAUCCUUGGCUUCCACUCGAUGAUGAACCAGGACCAGUAUCACGCCUCGCUGCUCAACAAGGGCCAGCCGGUCGGACUCGGCUGGGACGGCAUCACCAAGUCGGCCAUACCGAAGAUCUUCCCGGCCGAGGCGCCGAACACGACCGAUCCGGAGGAAACGAUCCAGCGCAUCAAGAGCGACGACAGCAAGCUGGUGGAGGUGAACCUAAAUAACAUCAAGACCAUCUCGGACGAGCAGUUCGAUAAGCUGUUCGAGGCGCUCAAGUCGAACACACACCUGGAGGUGCUGUCGCUCACGAACGUUGGGCUGACCGACCGUACCGCGCUAAUGUUGGCUGCCGCGCUCGAACAGAACCACGCCCUGCGGGUGCUGAACGUUGAGACGAACUUCAUCAGCCCGACGGUGAUUGUGACGCUGGUCAAGAGCCUCCUCACGCAGAUGACGAUCGAGGAGUUCCGUGCCUCGAACCAGCGAUCGCAAGUGUUCGGCAACAAGAUCGAGAUGGAGAUUACCGAGCUGGUCGAAAAGAAUACCACCCUGCUGCGGCUGGGUUUGCAUUUGGAGUUCAACGAUGCCCGGCAUCGGGUAGCCGCCCAUCUGCAGCGCAACAUCGACAGAAUACGCCAGGCACGUCUGACCCAGAGCAAGUAAGCUCACCGAAGCCCCCGAGGCGACCUCACGCGACCCAGUCAAAUGGACCCCCGGAAACAACGCGUGGCAACCUAAAGGACGAGAAUUACCUGCGAGAAUUUACUUACCAACGCUACCAGCGGGCUUUUACUUCGAUUCUAGGCGACACGGUUUGGCUACGGGGACAUUAGGCUUUCGAGGACUGGGCGCCAAACUUCAGAAGAAAAAAACAAAACCUCUCGUCUAUGGGGUCUGUCUGCCACGCCAGUUCGACGGCGCUCAGUGUCCACGAUGAAGAUCCUUCCCCGGGGAGAGUGUCGGUCUGUCUCUAUCAGGGAAAAUAGGGCUCAACUGCUUUCGUGUGGAUUGAGAGCACACCAACUUUUUAUUUUCUUUUUUUUAAUUACUACAUAAACGCAUACCCUGGUAGCUCCUGUACGGUGCAGCAGGCACGAGCGUUACAUCUGCAGCGGUCAAGAAAUAGGGAAUGAGCGGGGUAUGGCGCAGCAAACUACCAAGGAAUUCAAGGAAUUAUGACGAUGUUUCGUUGCAUAUGGUUUUAAUAUAUGACAAAUUGAGUUGUUUUUAUGGCAAACCGCCGAUCAAACUGACAAAAAAGUAUUAUAUUUUGUAUUCUUCUUUUUAAUUGCAAAUUUGUCUCUUUGCCGUUCAUUUUAAUUAAUUGACUAAUUUUCCUGGCCAACUUGUUCAAUCUUUUAGUACUGAUUUUGUUUGGUAUUGAAUGGUAUCUUUACACAAACGCUCAUCCACAAACUCAUUGCGGUCCUUUUGUCGCGGAAGCAUUUGCCUCUGUGUCGCUUUGCAUUAGCCAUUAAGAAAGGGGAAGAAGAGGAAAAAACACGCGCACCAACACAUCACAUCAUGUGAGAUUAGAACCAACGGUCCAUCACGAUGGCUUAGGAUCGCUUUGCUUUCGCUUUGUUUUGGGAUGGCUUGUUUAAAACAAAAACAAACAAAAAAGAAAGAAGAAUAAAAUAUCGACGAAAAGUGUUCGAAGUACCGAUUUAUAAUCAGUUGCACGGUGGACAGUUUUCGGUGUCGCAUAGAUGAGGAAGAGCAUGAGGGAGCACUAGGAAGCAAACCACCGCCCACUCCGCCCUCGAAAAGCCGAAUAAAACGACCCAUUAUUAUUUACCAAAUCUGUUUGCGAGGGUAGUUGGAAAACACGUUGCAAUAAUUAGCUACCCCCGCCACAAUCAUGCACCCGGGGAACUAGAAAUGGCGCGGAUUCUUAUUUUACUAUUAUUUAUUCGGUAAGCAAACUGUGUUUCGAUUCGCUUGCGCGAGAAUGAGAGAGGGAAGAGUGGCAAACAGGAUGGAUAUGAAUUGAAGGAAGUUAAAUCCCCCCGCCCCCCUCCCCCGCCCUUUCUCGCUAUCAAUCGUGAAACGUUUUAAAUUAUUCACUAUCGAAUGUUUAUGGUAAAAAGAAGCAAAAUAUAAAAUGUAAGCAAAAACUCCAA